AUGCUUCAGUCCGUUGUCGGCGUUCUGGCCUUUGCCGCAACGGCAUCUGCCGCCUUCACAGGCAAUUUGAACUACUUGUCGCCGUCCAAACACCACGCCUCGCUAGGUAUCUCUAUUCGAAAGGUGGCUAAGCGCACCCAUGCCAACGCUCACUGGGAUCCCGCCAAGCUCAAUUUCACCCAUGGAGUAGCAUCCGGUGACCCAUAUGAUGAUAGCGUCAUCCUAUGGACACGUGCGGCUCCCACUAUGGACAACGACAAAAGUAACCUGACCGUCUCCGGCUAUGUUCCGCUCUACGACCACAGCACCGAGGACUACGUUAAGAAGAGCGAUUCUCCAGUCUGCGUUGAUUGGAAAAUCAGCACGAGCGAAAAGCUAGAAGAUGUCGUAGACUCCGGUACGGCUUACACCAGUUCAGAUGUAGACUUUACUGUGAAGGUCGAGGCAAAAAAGCUUGCUCCCUAUACAGUUUAUUACUAUCAAUUUGCCAUUUGUAAUUCAAACAAUACGUCUCCUAUCGGCCGCACAAAGACUAUUCCAUCGAAAGAUGCCCAAGUCGACUCGCCAGUUAGGAUCGCUGUGUACUCGUGCAGCAACUUCCCGUUCGGCUUCUUCAAUGCGUAUGGCAACCCCGUGCGCAAAGAUUCGGUCGACUAUGUCGUUCAUCUUGGUGACUAUAUCUACGAGUAUGGUAAUGGUGAGUAUGGCUGGGGAAAUUCGCUGGAUCGUAUUCCCCUCCCUGAUCGCCAGAUUUACACACUUUACGACUACCGCAAGCGUCUGGCAACUUACAGAACCGACCUGGAUUUGAUUGCCAGCCAUCAAAUGUUCGCCUGGAUUCCGGUGUGGGAUGACCAUGAGGUUUCUGAUAACACCUGGCGUGAUGGCGCCUCCGAACUUAAUAACACCGAGGAGUCUUUCAUCAUGGAUGGAGGUGUCUCUGUAGACCAACGCAAGAUGAACGCAGUCCGGGCUUACUUUGAGUGGAUGCCAAUUCGGCAAGUGGACAUGGACGACAACCUUCGGAUUUGGAGAGACUUUAGCUUUGGCAACCUCUUCGAUCUUAUCAUGCUUGACACACGUCAGUAUGACCGGGCGAUUACGGAUGUCUACUGGAACAACAACUACAUUAAUGCUAUCUCAAACGACGCCAGUCGCUCACUGAUGGGACCCCGUCAGGAAUCGUGGUUUUACAAAACUCUCCGCGACAGUUCCACCAGAGGGGCGGCAUGGCGCGUGAUCGGCAACCAAAUCAUUUUCAGCAGAAUGAACGAGAGUCUGUCCUUUGGCCCCGAAAAUCCCUUCAACGUUGAUCAAUGGGACGGCUAUCAAGCAAACCGUAAUCGUACCUUCCAGGUUCUGUACGAGCAAAACAUCAGUAACAAUAUCUUCCUUGCUGGCGACUCACACGCAUCAUGGGUAUCGGACCUCGUUUGGCUUGGCGAGCAUGAGUAUGACCAAAAUACUGGCUCUGGCUCCGUUGGUGUUGAGUUCGCCGGUUCUGCAGUCAGCUCUCCUUGCCCGGUCGGCCAGAAUACUACGCUGGCAGUUGCCAAUGCUGGUUCGGCCUGGCUUACAGGAGCCAAUCGCGAGCUUCAGUGGCAAGACCUAUACUACAGGGGGUAUUACGAGCUUAGCAUAGACUACAACGCUGUCAAUGCUUCAUUUUUCGGUAUCCCUACUACUAGGAUCAAACAAGGUCACGAAAUCUCGCUUGCUAACUUCACCGUUUUUGCUGGGGAAAACAAGCUGCAUCGACAAAAUGGAACCACAGCCGUUGGAGGUGUUGCUGAGAGUGGUAGUCUGAAAAACGGCCAGGUCUUACAGACAAACCUUACUCAUGACACCGCGACAGGGGAGUACUUCAAGUACAAUUCACCUUAG